UUGAGGCACUUCUCUCUCUCUCUCUCUCUCUCGCUCUCGUUGUAGUGGAAUUUUCUCUCUACAUACGCAGAGAUAAUGGAUGCCUUGGAUUCUGUAUUCGAUCCAUUGAGGGAGUUCGCGAAGGACAGCGUUCGUCUCGUCAAGAGAUGCCACAAGCCCGAUCGCAAAGAAUUCACUAAGGUCGCGGUCCGUACAGCGAUUGGAUUCGUGGUGAUGGGAUUCGUAGGCUUCUUCGUGAAGCUGAUCUUCAUACCCAUUAACAACAUCAUCGUCGGAUCUGGUUGAGUUUUAUACUCAACUCAAGCCUUCACUAAACUGUUUAGGGCCAGGUCAGGUGCAAAUGUGAGUGCAUGAAAGUGGCAGUUGGCAAUAGGGUGCAAACCACAAAGAGAAGAGAAUGAUUUAAGUUUUGUAGGAUCCUUUUCAACAGAUGCAUUACCAAUUAAAUACUUUGUUUUCAGUAGCGUUCUAGUGCCAAACAAUUUUUUUUUCCCCCUUUACUGUUUUGUGGUGAUGUCAGUUGAAUCUAUUGGUAGUCUCAUGUUGUUUUUGUUAGGCUGCUGUAUCAAAACAGUCUUGGAUUCAGCAUGAAGUUCGUGCGUUUUUUUUUUUUGGUUUUUUGCGUUUUAAAACAUUUUUAGGAGGAUAAUAUUUGACUUGUGGAGUAUGCUGUUGAGUUAAUCUAAUUACUGGACCUCUACAUUGGACA